AUGGGAGGGGUAAUGCAACAAAAGCAUUUUGUGGCAACGCAUGGUGUUGGCCAUGGAUCUUGGGUCUACUACAAGCUUAAGCCCCGCAUCGAGGUGGCCGGCCACCGUUUUACUCCGGUUGACUUGGCUGCAUCCGGUGUCAAUGAGAAGAAACUCGAAGAGGUUCUCACAUUAGAUGAGUAUACGACCCCAUUGUUGGAGGUUUUGGCCUCGAUUCCCGAGAAUGAGAAGGUGGUAUUAAUUGGACAUAGUGGCGGUGGAAUGGCGGCUUCCGUAGGCAUGGAGAAGUACCCGGAAAAGAUCGCGGUGGCAGUCUUCUUGAAUGCAAUUAUGCCAGAUUCUAAAAACAGGCCAUCUUACGUCUUGGAACAGUAUUCUGCAAAGACUCCAUUAGAUGCAUGGCUCGACACUCAGUUUUCAACUUAUGGCUGUCCACCCAUAACAUCAUUGCUCGUGGGUCCAAAGUUCAUAGCGUCCUCUCUUUACCACUUAUCCCCAGUUGAGGAUCAAGCAUUAGGGACACUCUUGAUGAGGCCAGGGUCAUUGUUUAUUGAAGAUUUGCUCAAGGCAGAUAAUUUCACGGAUGAGAAAUUCGGAUCCGUCCCUCGAGUUUUUGUGGUAGCAACUGAAGAUAAAACAAUACCACCGGAAUUCCAGCGAUGGAUGAUUGAAAACAACCCAGUGAAAGAAGUGAAGGAGAUCAAAGGUUCAGACCAUAUGCCUAUGUUUUCAAAGCCUGAUGAACUUUGCCAGUGUUUGGUGGAGAUAGCAGAAACAUAUGCUUAA